AUGGCCGCCAACGGUCUCUACAACCUCUACCGGCUCGCCAUCCCCGUCGCCGGCGGUGUCUACCUCUUCAACUCCUCCAUCUACGAUGUCCGCGGUGGUACCCGCGCCGUCAUCUUCGACCGUCUGUCCGGUGUGCAAGACAAGGUGGUUAACGAAGGCACGCAUUUCCUCGUCCCCUGGCUGCAAAAGGCCAUCAUCUACGAUGUCCGCACGAAGCCUCGCAAUAUCUCCACCACCACCGGAAGUAAGGACUUGCAGAUGGUCAGUCUGACGCUGCGAGUGCUGCACCGUCCCGAUGUCCCGAAGCUGCCGGCCAUCUACCAGUCCUACGGUACCGACUACGACGAACGUGUCCUCCCCUCCAUCGGAAAUGAAGUCCUCAAAGCCAUCGUCGCGCAGUUCGACGCCGCCGAGCUCAUCACGCAGCGUGAAGCCGUCUCCAACCGCAUCCGCACCGACCUCAUGAAGCGUGCGGCGCAGUUCAACAUCGCUCUGGAAGACGUUUCCAUCACCCACAUGACCUUCGGUAAGGAGUUCACCCGCGCCGUCGAGCAGAAGCAGAUCGCCCAGCAGGACGCCGAGCGCGCGCGGUUCAUCGUCGAGCGCGCCGAGCAGGAGCGCCAGGCCAACGUCAUCCGCGCCGAGGGAGAAGCCGAGAGUGCCGAUAUCAUCAGCAAGGCCGUCGCCAAGGCCGGAAGCGGUCUCAUCGAGAUCCGUCGCAUCGAUGCCACCAAGGAGAUUGCGCACACGCUUGCGUCCAACCCGAAUGUCACGUACCUCCCUGGUAACGAUGGCAAGGAGGGCGGCAAGAACACGAGUCUGCUGCUCGGUCUGAGGAGCUAG